AUGUCGAAAAGAAGAGCGUACCCACAGCCGCAAUAUGCCAUUUCGCAGGACCAGGCUCCCGCCACGCCUCCUGUGGGUGCUUCGGCUGCCUAUGGUGUUCCUCAAGUAGCUCAACAGUUCCAACAAAUGAACAUAAAUCCACAGCCUGGUGCCCAACCUGGAGCCGCUGUUCCUCAAGGUUACGGCUAUAACCAGUAUGGUCAACAACCUCAACCGGGCCAAGCUUACGAUCCUUACCAACAGCCUCCGCAAGCUAAUACGGGUUUUGGAGGACAACAACAAACUCCUCUGCAACAGCCUUACCAACAGCAGGGAGGCUAUUUUGGAGCUGGAGCUGGAGGUCAGGCUGCACCAGCUCUCCCACUUAAUCAGCUUUAUACUACUGAUCUUUCGAGGGAACUUCCGCCACCAAUUAGCGAUUUGUCUUUACCUCCUCCUCCACUUGUAAUUCCAUCCAAUACUGCUAUUGUCCCCACUUCUGAGGACUCCAACGCCUCGCCUGAUUAUUUCCGCAGUACCCUCAAUGUGAUCCCUAACAACGGAACGCUUCUCAAAAGAUCCAAGUUGCCUUUGGCAUUGGUGGUGAGACCUUACACUACCCUUCGGGUCGAUCAGGAAAACAUUCCUGCGGCUUCAGACACCAUUAUAAGCAGAUGCCGUAGAUGUAGAUGCUACAUCAACCCGUUUGUCACUUUGACCGAACAGGGCCGCCGUUGGAGGUGUAAUUUGUGUAACUUGCAGAAUGACAUUCCUGCUGCUUUUGAGUAUGACGAAACCCGUGGUGUGCCCAGAAACAAAUUCGAUAGGGUGGAGUUGAAUCAUUCAGUGGUGGAGUUCGUCGCUCCAAAGGAGUACAUGGCUAGAGCCCCUCAGCCAAUUGUUUUUGUGUUCGUUAUCGACGUCUCUGCCGAUGCUGUCAACUCAGGCUUGACCAGCACCGUAACAAGAACUAUUCUCGAAAGCUUGGACAGAAUCCCCAACCAAAACAAAACCGCUCGGGUGGCAUUUUUGGGUGUCGAUUCGAACCUUCAUUAUUUUAGAUUUGAUGAGGGUCUCGAAGGUAGCGAAUUGCUUAUCGCCUCGGAUCUCGAUGAACCGUUCCUUCCUUCGCCAAGUGGACUUUUGAUCAAUCUCGAAGAAAACCGCCCUGCAAUUGAAAAGUUGUUGAUCGACUUCCCUACCUACUUUGAAAAUACUGCGAAUACCCAAUUUGCAUUGGGUCCUGCUUUGAAAGCGGGUCACAAGAUGAUUGCGAACAUUGGUGGUAAGUUGAUCACUUUUGCUGCUUCUUUGCCAAACAUUGGCGAGGGUAAACUUUCCGUGAGAGACGAAGCAAGCCAUUCUGGACAACCUAAGGAAUCGCAAAUGUUACUCGGAGCUGCCGACAAGUUCUACAAGAGUUUUGCAGUGGAAUGUAACUCAGCUCAGGUAACGGUGGACUUGUUCUUAACUUCUGCUCGCUACCAAGAUGUGGCCACUUUGUCUAACCUUCCUCGCUUCACUGCUGGUCAAACGCACUUUUACCCAGCUUGGUCUUGCGUCAAGCCUGAAGAUGUCACCAAACUUUCGAAAGAGAUCAGCGAGCAUUUGUCUAUGGACAUUGCUUUAGAGGCAGUUUUGAGAGUCAGAUCAUCUACUGGUAUGCGUCUGAGUGCCUUCUAUGGUAACUUCUUCAACCGUUCUUCAGACUUGUGUUCUUUCCCAUCUUUCCCUCGCGAUCAAAGUUAUGUGAUCGAAAUGUCCAUUGAGGAGACUAUAACCAAACCUGUGGUGUACUUCCAAGCGGCUUCGCUUCAUUCUACUUCGUAUGGUGAACGUAGAAUCAGGGUCAUGAAUUUGGCCAUUCCUACGUCAUCGAAGCUCGACGAUAUCUAUGCGUCUGCUGACCAGUUGGCAAUUGCCAAUUAUUUCACGCACAAGGCAGUUGAAAAAGCGCUUGCUAGCUCCCUUCCCGAUGCGAGAAACUACAUUGUGAAAUCAAUUGUGGAUAUCUUGAACGUUUACAAAAAAGAGUUGGUAGCUGGAAAUGUUUCAGGCUCGUCGCCUCUUCAAAUUUCUACCAACUUGAGAAUGUUGCCUUUGCUUCUCUUCUCAUUGACAAAACACCUCGGUCUCCGCGGCGAGAGGGUACCUUCAGACCACAGGGCUGCAGCAUUAAACCGCCUUUCGUCUUUACCAAUUCCCCACUUGAUCAAAUAUAUCUACCCCACUGUUUAUUCAUUGCACAACAUGGGUGACGAAUGUGGUUUGCCCGAACAGACUGUUACAGUCAAUGAAGAGACUGGUGAAGAAGAGACUACAUCUGGUGGCAUUCUUUUGCCUGAACCAAUCAACGACACAAAGGCUUCAUGGGAGAACUAUGGUUUAUACUUGAUAGACAAUUCUAGCGAGGUUUUCUUGUGGGUUUCUGGUGACGUUGUCCCUGACUUGGUUUAUGACUUGUUCGGAACCGACAACUUGUAUCUGAUACCCACAGGAAAGACAGAACUUCCUGAGCUUCAACCGGACGAGCUGGAAUUCAAUUACAGAGUGCGUAACAUAUUAGGAAAGAUCAGGGAACAGAAGGACCAGAUUACAUGGAAGAAUUUGUACGUUGUUAUUGGAGGAUCUAGCAACGAACCAAUCGAGAUUUCGCAGCAGAGAGACUUGAUGGCAUUAAGAAUGUGGGCUUUGAGCUGUCUAGUAGAGGACAAGACAGCAAAUGAGCAAGGCUACAGAGAGUUUUUGACCUCUUUGAAGGGUAAGGUGGCGCAAUGA